UAGACCACACAUGGAUCGCGGCGGCAGUCGGUUUUUCGCGGACAGCGUGGUUACGCAGAGCGAACGAAAACGGUGCGAGAAAUGACCAUGGAGUGGCGAAGUCCAGAUUUGCCACCCCCGGCGGUUGUCAGUGGUGGAGGCGCAGGCGAGGCGUCGGCGAGCGACAGCGACUCGGACAUCAACGUCGACUCGGACGGCGGCGAGUGCAUGUACGCUCGGUCGGGGUCGCCGGGCAGCCCUGGGGAGGCGGCGGGCGCAGGCAAGGCUGGCGGCAAGACGGCCGUCAAGCCGCCCUACUCGUACAUCGCGCUCAUCACGAUGAGCAUCCUGCAGAGUCCGCAGAAGCGGCUCACGCUCAGCGGCAUCUGCGACUUCAUCAUGGCGCGCUUUCCUUACUACCGGGACAAGUUCCCCGCGUGGCAGAACUCGAUCAGGCACAACCUGUCGCUCAACGACUGUUUCGUCAAGAUCCCCAGGGAGCCGGGCAACCCCGGCAAGGGCAACUACUGGACGCUCGACCCCAACGCCGAGGACAUGUUCGACAACGGUAGCUUCUUACGCCGGCGCAAGCGCUACAAGCGCCAGCCGCCCCCGGGCCACCCUCUCGGCGAUUUCCACCUCGGAGGCCGCCACCACCAAUUUGGGGGUCCGCACCACCACCACCCUCAUAGCACCCAGAAUUCGUUCUUCCUUCCACCGCCGCCGCUACUCGCCUCCUUUCUGCCCCCGUAUGCACACCUGCCCCCGCUGCUACCCCCAGGGCCACCCUCGGCUAUGCCUCCCCUGUUGCGGCCGGUGCCCGCCCUGUACCAGAACAAGGCGGUUGCCACCCUAAAGUCGGGCUUCACCAUUGAAUCGCUCCUCAUGGCGAAUGCCGCCCCCGCCACCUCCAGCGCCUCCAGCUUGUCCGCUUUUAGUCCACUCUCAAAUCUGGUCUUGAAAUUUCGAAGAAAUGACUCUACGAGUUUACAGUUAUGAAAGGAGAGACCAGAAACCAAUUUAAGUGAGAUAGGCAGUGUUUUGGAUGAAGACUUUUGUUGUUCACCUCCCGUGCAUCGGAGAACUGACAUUUGCACAUGCUGUGAUAUAAAUAAAUUUAUUUAUAGUUUUGGAGUUUUUAGAUCAAGAUUGUAAUAUUAUUUAACAAAGUUUACAGAGAAAAAGGAAUAAAAGAUAUUAUUAAAUAAUUAAGAAAA